CAUUACUGACUGUUGUGCGAAAAACAGCUGCAGCGAGUGGAUCAAAGUGGAGUGAUUAACGGAAUAGAUAGCAGAGAAGAAAACGAAAAAGUGAACUGAAAAUAUCUGGCCCGGCCACAUUUCCUCAUAUGUUUUCCAAUGCAACGGUUUUCUUCUGUAUCUGUUUUCCGAUUCGAAAUCCCAUCUAACGACUCCAACUGAGAAGAGCCUGAGCGAAACACGGAGAGAGAGAGCUUCAAGCCGAGUUUUAUUGAAAAGUGUUGGCUCCAUCGACAGCACCAGCCACAAUCAGCAAAAUGAUCGUACGUCGGCGGUCCCGUCGCGCCCGCAUGUGGAACAUGGGUCUGCUCUUCCUGAUCUACUAUUGCGUGAGCAUUUACUCGGCCAAAGGCGACCCCAGGGAGGGAUCGGCACUGCCUCUGGACGUAGGCAGCUUGGCCGAGGACGAGGGCGAUGCCGAGGCUAAUGGAGAAGUGAAUACCGAGCUCAACCCGGAGCUCGAGACCACCACGCCGUUCUAUCCACCGGACGCCACCGAGGCUACUCACCACCUGCGUGGGGCCGUCCCGACUUGGCGUCCCAAGCGCGACAAUUGCACACCGCCGGCCAUCGAACAGUUCCCACAGCCACUGAUGAACAAAUGGGCGCGCCAGCACGGCGGCCUCAUCUUGCAUAUCCUGGUGGCCGUCUACACCUUCUUCGGCCUGGCCAUCGUGUGCGACGAGUACUUUGUGGCCAGCCUGGACCGAUUGUGCGAAGAGCUAAAGUUGUCGCCGGAUGUGGCUGGUGCCACGUUCAUGGCUGCCGGCAGCUCGGCCCCCGAGCUGGCCACCGUGGUUAUAGGUGUGUUCUUUGCCAAGGACGACAUCGGCAUCAGCGGCGUCAUCGGUUCGGCAGUGUUCAACAUUAUGUUCGUGAUAUCCGUCUGCGCCUUGUGCUCGGGCACCGUUUGCCAGCUGAACUGGUGGCCACUGGUGCGGGACUGUUUUUUCUACUGCGUUUCCAUCCUGGUCAUGCUGAUCAUCAUCUUCAACGACGUCAUCUCCUGCUUCGAGUCCGUGGUGAUGCUGCUCUGCUAUGUGGGAUACUGCGUGGCCCUACACUUCAACACGGAGCUGGAGCGCUGGGCCCUCGGCCUCAACUUGCCGUUCAAGCUGCCCAGCAAGGAGGAGCAGUCGGCUCUGGUGACCUACAAGAAUGUGCCCGAGAGCUCCUACACUCAGGGCAGCGCAGGACAGGGGCAGCAGCAGCAGACGAGCCUGUCCAAGGAGUCCAGCGAUGUCUUGAACGCCACCGGCACACAACCCCAAAGCGACUAUCAGAACUACAGCGACCCCAAUGCCGGUUGGGACCCGAAUUCCGCCUGGGGCGAGGAGAAUCAACCGAAACCAGCAGCUGCCAGUGCAAGACCUACCCAACCGCCGGUCGACGACUGGGGCAUGGGGCAGUUUACCCAGGGACAGGGCCAGGAGAACAUGGCCUACAACUCUGAUCAACCCGAGUCUGUGGUGACGGGUGAGGCGGCUUCGGCAGCAUCGGCGUCGGCAUCCGCGGGUGCUGGUGCGGGUGCGGCCAAGGGGCAAGUGGUGGCAGCCACAGAGUACUAUAAGUCGACGGACAAGCAGCGUGAGCCUCGCCCAGAUCCGUUAAUGCGACCCACGGAGGGCGGCCUGCCGGCACUGGUGGCCUGGUAUGUGGUGUAUCCGAUCCACUUCCUGUGCAAGAAGACGAUGCCCGACUGCCGGCAGCCGCAGUUCCGCAACUGGUAUCCGUUCACCUUCCUGCUGUCCAUGGUUUGGAUCUCGUUCUACUCGUACUUCAUGGUGUGGAUGAUCACAGUGAUCGGGUCCACGCUUGCCAUCCCCGACACCGUGAUGGGCCUGACGUUCGUGGCUGCUGGCGUUUCUGUGCCGGAUGCCCUAAGCUCAAUAGCCGUUAUCAAAGAGGGCUACGGCGACAUGGCCGUGUCGAAUGCGAUUGGCUCGAAUGUCUUUGAUAUCCUAGUGUGCUUAGGUCUUCCAUGGUUCAUACAAACGGCCAUCAUAAAGCCCGGCUCGCACGUGAAUGUCAUCUCCAAGGGUCUCGCCUACUCCACACUCUCUCUCUUCUCCACGGUCGUCUUCCUGAUCCUCUCGACGCAUCUCAAUGGUUGGAAGCUGGACAAGCGCCUGGGCAUAAUUCUGAUGCUCUGGUACCUGUUCUUCAUCACGCUGGCGUCGCUCUACGAAUUGAAUGUCUUUGGCUACAUGAACCCACCCGAGUGUCCCAGCACUUAUUAAGCAACCAAGAGGAUAGCAGCACCAAGUAGCACAUACUUACAGCCCAUGCAUAUUCAUAUACAUAUUUAUAUUCAUAUUCAUACUACCAGAGGAGAGUCGUGCAUCAGAAACAAAAUGAAGCCACCAUCCACAGCCUAGCCAUAACCACAUGAGGAGGAGUGCAGGUUCGUCAUUGUGAAAGGAACCGGUAGAGGAACUGCUCGUACGUCAUUUAAUGUUAAUUAGUGGACAAAUUGAAUACUCAAAUCGCGUUUUACAUGGAUUUUUACAUUGCACCAACCGAAGAGAGAAACGAUAAACCAAAAAGAUGAUUAUACAUAUAUAUACAGAUAUAUAGUAUACAACUAUUAUACAUUUAUUACAAAAUAUAUAUACAAAAUAUUUAAUGAUAUUUAGGCAAAUAACAUACCAUACAUACAUAUGUAUGUAUGUAUAUGGUACAUACGAGAGUAUGUACGAGAGAGUACAACCACAAUUAAAGUACACGUACCGGAUAAAUAGCACUGUAGAUAGGGAGACAAAUUCAAUUUAAACAGAGGAACAGAUUUAUUUGUUGCAACUUGCAAAUGGUUUUAAGGAACAAGUCGAACAGAACAACGCAGAACUUCUCACACCACAAUCACACUAAUUAUGCAUAUGUACAUACAUGUAUGAACGAUCAUUAUAUACAUAUGUACAUAAUAAUGUGUAUAUCUUAUAAGUAUUUAUCUGCAUGUACAUAUAUACUUUGUUAAACAGUUGAACAGAUCACACUUAGUUCUAUAUUUUUUAUGUAUUGUACCUCUUGAAGGAUCUCUCUUUCACUCUCUCCAAUCAAUAUUAUUUGAAUCUGUGCAAUCGAUGUACACCAAAAAGACCCGUAAAGGCAGACCUACUUUGGCCUCCGGGCUGGUCGAUCCAGACCAUGAGCGCAUUUCCCUGCGCCACGGAACAAGAGCAACGAAUUUUUUUACGUUUUCGGAUGUUUUAUUCUCGUUCUCAUAUACAAUAUGUAAAAUGUAUGUACUAUGUAUGUAUGUGUGUAUAUUUUGUAUAUUAAAAUAAUGAAUCUUUAAAUAACAUUGAAUUAACUUAGUUUCAAGAACCCACUAGAAGGUUUUGGAGUAUGAAAGAAAAUAUAAAGCUCAAAUAGCAAAGAACAAAGGGUUCAAACGAAAGAAAAUAUAAGAAAAGAAAACAAUACCUUAUGGCAAUUAAUCGCGUCAAUUUUCGAAUGUAUGUAAAUAUGAACGGGAGCAUAAAUACAUAAAUACAUUAUUAGAAUUACAUACCUACCAACAUACCAACCUAUACAUACAUACAUAUGUACAUACAUAUAUUAGAACACGUGAACAGUGAAAAUUUAAUGUCAAUUUUUGGUGCAAAUUGUUGUGCAUAAAUCGAAACAAUAAUUUCGAAUGAUUCUUGGCAUGGCAAAUUACUGGUUCAUUUUAUCGAGCUGCAUUUACCACACUUUGCCCAGAGCUGCUUUGCCUCUGGCCGCAAGUUCAGACGUAUCUGGCUACGACACAGAAUCAGUAUCAGAAUUAGCUGCAAGCAAUGUGUAAGACAAAUACAAGUAUAUACAUAAACAUAAAAUACUAAAUACCUACAUACACACAUAAAUGUAUAGCAUGAAGAGCAAAGCACUGCUAUAAGAACGCGCUCAAAACAUAGUUACAUACCCACAUGUCUAACUAAACAUAAACAAACAUAUUUACAUAAACACACAUGCAUAGUGUACAAGUAAUGAUACAGAUGCCGAAACAGAUAAAAGAUUUAAGUGCUUGGUAGGGUAUACGAGAAGGAGCCGAAAUGGAACCCGAAUUAAUCAAAGCCAACUCCCCAGAAUCAAAUCGAAUUAAAUGCAUGCUAACAAUAGUUGUAGAUGAAAAAACUAAGAUACAACCAGAUAAAAUGUACGAACAAUCGCCGGCUGAAACUCCCCACAAAGACAGAAAUUACUAUAUGCAUAUAACUUAUUGCAUAAAUAUAUUCACACCUACUUGAACUGCUACGGCCACUUCCCAGGUACAACGUUCUUCCUCCCGACCAUUAUCCAUAAAGACAGAGUCAAGCCAGAAGUUAUUCCGAACAAAUUGUACAUAUUAAGUUAAAUAUGGUGCACAAUCCAAUCCCCAAUCUAACCUCAAGUUACGAACUGCAUCUCGAGACGAGUAUGUACGCUUCCACAGGACAUUAUUGCAGUACUAAACAAGUUAAGUAAACAAAACUAGUUUCAGUGUUAGGUGUUUCGAUAACAAACUUCAAUUAGCAGUCAGCAAACAGUUUAACAGAUUGUUACACAGUGGUAUUAACUUAUACGUCAGUCAGUCAGUGUUCUAUUGAAAUUAUUUGAUAUCUACAUACAUAAUUAUAUCCUUGACAGACUCAAAUCAAAUAUAUUUCGCGUUACUUUGAACUGUAUCUAAUGCAAAUUGCAAUCUAUAAAUGGAGUACUAUAUACGAGUAUUUAGCAAAAAUUAUGUAAUUGAUUGUCGAUCAUUUUUACUUAAGAGUUACAAAAAAAACAAAAAAACACUCACGCCACACCUAUGUACAUACUUACAUUUAUGUAUGUAUGUAUCUGUACAAUAAUUGUUAAAUUUACUAGUACAACUAAAAUAUACUGCAUAAAUGUACAACAACAACAAAAACACAAUACACAAUAUAUUGCCUACAUAUGAAUGUAUUAACAUCCGACAUAUGUGUUAAUUACGACUAUAAUUGUUUGAGAAAACUAUAUUGAACCUAUCAAAUUUAAUUAUGAAGCGCGUUGAAAAAUAAACUGCACACU